AUGUCUUUUGCGUGGGGCACUCGAUGCAUUUCUGUCAUUGUGGCACUUUUCAUUUUAUUGGACCAAUAUGAUUGCAAUGAGAUGUUAAAUAAAAGUCAGGAUUCCAUGUUUGCUGACGCUCAGAUAAGAAUCCUUCUAAUGACUCUUCUGUGUAUUGUCGUCCUGAUUGUUUUGGGCUUCCUGGGUGAGUCUUCAAGUUAACCAUCGUUCUGAUCAACUCACACAGCGGAUAUCUCCGGUAUCUUUUGGUUGUCAGGAUGUAUCUGUUGCUUUUGCCGGAUCUCAAAGGCUGUGGAAUUGACAGCUGAUAGCCUCGAUGUCUACGCUCCGCGAACCCAGAGCAUCGUGUGGCCCACUUUGCCUCAGGAGACGGCCCGCGUCCUCGAGAUGACCUUCCUGCACACGACUAAGGUCAACUGUCUCUGUCACAACUGUCGCAUCGCCAGGAAUUCACUGUGUUCCGAAAACUUAAACAUGACCAGGUGGAUGUUGCUACUGGUCACCUCGAUAACCUUUGCUCACCUGGUUAAAGCUGAUGAAAACUGUACGGAUUUUUACUGGCCCAAUGAAACGCAGCUCUGGAACGAUAGCGAAAACACUAAUGGACAGAAUUCCACUGAAUUAUAUUUGGAUACGCUGGUAGAUUCCUCUACUGUUGGCCAGUCCUUUGCCAAUACGACCAACAAUGGACAAAUUGAAACUUCAAGUAAAAAUAUUGGGCCACAUAGGCACUAUGCUCGCUUUGUCUUCAUGGUUCUCCUGCUACACAUUGCCGUAGUGGGAGUCGGGAUCACCAUCUACAGCUGUGUGUACUGCAAAUUCAGGACCCUAAAGAGGCGCUCAAGGAGGGAGGCGCAACGGCGCCUGCAAAUGACGAACCUGCGGACAGAGCACAUUCCCAAUUCGCGUGAUUGCCCCUGCCACGGAUGCAUUUUGGCCAGGGAAAUGCUGCAGGGUUUGAUCAUGCAGCAGUUGCAGGAAUUGGCGGAAUGCUAA